AUGAAAUGUUUUGAAACCCACUUAAUCCCGAACCAAUCCGCCCUUCAUUGUUGAAUUAUCUUGGUUGAGCAUUGGGCGGCUACUUUGCUCCUUCAUAUCCGUCUUCUGCCGUCUCGCCCAUUCUCCGCAUCCUACUGUUCGAACACAUCCGCUCCUCACUCUCACUCGCAAUCAUGUCCUCGUCAAUUGAGCCACUCACCGAGGCUCAAAAGGAACACUUCAGACAGAACGGCUGGCUGAAGCUGAGCAACUGCUUCACCAAAGACCAGGCGGACUGGGUCGCCAAAGACGUAUGGACUCGACUCGGCAUGGACCCUAACGAUAAGUCGACCUGGAGGCACCGCACCAACAUGCCCCACCACCGCAACUUUGACGUCUCCGAGUACGCCCCGAAAGCCUGGGCGGCCAUCUGCGAGGUCUGCGGCGGCGAGGACCGCGUGGCGCCCGAGUCGAGGGAGUGGCGGGACUCACUCAUCGUCAACCUCGGAAGCGACGAGUUCGAGGGCCGCGAGUCCGACCCCAAGGGCCUGGACAACUGGCACGUGGACGGAGACUUCUUCAUCCACUACCUCGAUUCCCCGGAACAGGGGCUCCUGGUGAUCCCGCUCUUCACCGACAUCGUCCCGGGCGGCGGCGGGACCUUCAUCUGUCCCGAGGCGAUGCGCAAGGUCGCAAGGCACCUGCACGACCACCCGGACGGCGUCUCGCCGCGGAUGGCCCCGAGAGGCGACCCGGGCUUCGCGGAGGAGAAGGAUCUCAACUGGUUUAAUCUGCUCGCUGGUGGCUGUAGCGAGUUCGUCGAGGCUUGCGGCGAGGUCGGCGACGUCUACCUGCUGCACCCCCUGAUGCUACACAGCGCCUCGUGGAACCCCCUGCGGCGGCUACGAAUCAUCACAAACCCCCCAGUCUUCCUGAAGCAGCCCCAGGUUUUCGACCGGCCGGACGGGGCUUAUAGCCUGGUGGAGCAGGCGACCUUGAGGGCCCUGGGCGUCGAGUCGCUGCCCGGGUGGGAGAUCACGGCGGCUCGGGAGCAGGUCAUCCCCGAGAGGCUCAAGGUCCAGGAGCAGAUGAAGCAGGAGGAGAUGAGGCGGCUUGCAGCCAGUAGUUGAUAAGCACAUAGAGGAUGGGCACAUUGACGGCAAACCCUGAGAAGGGAGAAGGGAAUCAACGAUGCCUGGUUGGGCACUCAUGACAGUGCGUAAGAAUAUCCCAACGAGACAACACCUGAGUUUAUGUAGUGG